AUGGGGGAGAGCUCGAAGCGUCAGUCCUCUGGACUAGGAGCGUUCCUGAAAAACUCAUCCUGGGUUUGGUUCUUGCAUUACUCUAGGGUCCAGCCACCGACGAAUGGCAAGCGAUACCUCACUUCAACGGCUGUCUUCUUCAAUGAAGUGGUGAAGCUUUCCAUCUCCCUGACCGUGGCAUUAUACGAAGUCUCUCAGUCCGCGCCCCCCACCGUCGCAGCGACCUCCCUUCUCUCCUCAUUGACAAGCACCGUGUUCACGGGCGACAGCUGGAAACUCGCUAUUCCUGCUUGUCUCUAUACCCUGGCGAACUCGCUUCAAUAUAUCGCACUGUCCAACAUGCAGGCUGCCGUUUUCCAGGUCACCUACCAGCUGAAACUGGUAGUCGCAUCCGUUUUUGGAGUCAUGCUGUUGAGGACAUCGAUACCGCUGCGCAAAUGGGGAUUGUUGCUUCUGGUCCUCGUGGGCGUCGCGAUCGUCCAGCUGCCUAUUAGCAAUUCCGACGAUAUCUCGCUGCAGGACGAGACAAUGCACCACGCCUUCCCUCGUUCUCUGGAAGAAUGGAAGGCUGCGAAGUUGAACCGCGGAAACCUGCACAAGCGAUCUGCCACGUACGAAGGCAUCGAAGAAGACAUUAUGACUGCGUACCCGCGAAUGAAUCUCCUGGUCGGUCUAACCGCUACGGUUGGUGCAUGCAUCGCAUCGGGCCUCGCGGGCGUGUAUUUUGAGAAGGUCCUCAAAGACAGCGCCAAGUCGACCUCCCUCUGGAUUCGCAAUGUGCAGUUGUCUAUCUACUCGAUCUUCCCGGCCCUCUUUAUCGGCGUGGUAUUCUUGGACGGAGAGAAGGUGGCGGCCAAUGGCUUCUUUGACGGAUAUAAUUGGACGGUUUGGUCUACCGUCAUUCUCCAAGCCAUCGGUGGCAUUGCAUCAUCCUUCUGCAUUGGUUAUGCGCAGCACGAUGCAAGGAAUGUUGCCUCGGCCACGAGUAUCAUCCUCACCUCGUUGGUGAGUUUGUGGUUGUUUGAAUUCGACCUCAAGGUUAAUUACAUUAUUGGCACUUUUGCGGUUAUUGCAGGAACAUACCUUUGUGAGGACACAAGCGUGGCAUCCGGCAAACGCCAGGCUCCCCGUCCUCCUCCAAUUCGGGUCGAUCGUUACGAGAAAGAUUCCAAGAGUGACGAGACGUCCCCUGCGUCGGCUACCGCCGGGGCAAAUGAUUUCUCGAUAAAGCUCCCUACCACGCCUUUCCUUUCUGAUGCCGGUCUAUCGUCGUCCAGACCGACAUCGCCGGGUCAUGCUCGAGUCAGUACUUCCCGGACUGGCAGCGGCGGUUACUUUGAGAAGUAG